AUGCAUCGAAAUCAGUCCUUGACUAAGCCUUCGGUAACUAUCUUUUUGGAUCCGUUUAUUUUUCAAAUUCUGAACUUCUGCCUGAUAUUAGGCGUCUUUUAUGGCGCUACCAAUAUCAGCCAAACCUGCGCAAGGCUUGGAAACAGUCUGGGGGUUGAGGUACAGGAACAAAGUGUUUCUCAAUUUGCAGACUCAAAGAUGGAUAACUUAUCAUACUGCGCCCUAAACUUUCUGCAACCUCGGGCCAUACACCCUGUUCUUCCCCUGUUUCCCUUGUUUGCAACCAAUGGCCGUUGCAAGCAGAUCGUGGCAGUAAUUACGGAUUUGGAUGAUUUCGUGCAAGACGCCACUCAAAAGAGUGGGUACCGAGCUAGCAGAAAAAUCCAAAGACGUUCAAGAUGUUGCAAGGUGAAUAGACCUUGCACUUCACCUCAAUCUACCCAGUUUGACCCUCACCAUCUAAUUGACUGCUGUCAAUUCUAUAUGCCCUCCUCAAUCAGCUUCAUAACUAACCCUACGAUAGAAGGCGGUAUGGUUUCAGAAGAAGCCAAAUUGAACCAAUUAACGUUUAAAAUCAACGAAAUAAUGAGAGAACUUAAAGCCACGACGAAAAUCCAUCAGUCUAACUAUGCUUCCAAUACCCUGGGAAAAGUCAGUUUGCUGCAAACCGACAUCGCUAUACAGGAAAUCAAGCUAGUUCACGGAAAGCGAGCUACCCUAAGAUUCUAUCUUAGUAGAGCCUUAGGCAACUGGAUCACUCUCUCACAAAUCUUCAGUAAGUUCCUUUCACUCGGCCACCUCCAGCCCUCCGAGCUAUUCGUCGGCUUCGUGUCUAUUAAAGAAGACUCGCCACCGUGUCAUGCAAACCCUUCUGGCCCCAUCAGUGCUAUGUCAGCAGUUCUAUUGAGACACCAAAAUAAGCAAAACAUGUCCUUUGACCUGUCAGCUUUCACGGUAGCAGGGCCGUCCUCAAUUGGCCACCACACAAUACGAACACCUGCAGUUGAGGACAUGCAGUAUCCAUCUAGGCCUUCAACUAUCGUGUCAGAGCCCAGAUCAUUCGUGGACAGAACUAAUACUUACCGACGCACCACGGAUGUCAAGUCAAGGGAUAUCCCUCCCAAACCCCCACCCCUGCAAGUAUCAGAAGGUCUUAUCUACGUCUCUUUCACUUCGCUUGUGUAUAUAUUGCUCGCAUCCAAGUUUCCCCAUGGGGUAGAGGUAUGGAAGGUAUGGGAGCACAUACGUAUGCUCAAGACCAACAACGCUCGUUUCGCCUCGUUCAUAACACUUCCUCCCUUUCCAUCUGAUGAUCAGAAUGGCGCCCUCUGUACUCGAUACAAAGAAUAUUGCAGAUCAAGGUGGGUUCUUAAUCAUCUUGAUAACAUAUGUUUUCGGCGUAGUCGAAGUAGUAGUACUCUUUUCGAGCGUCGUCCCAAAUUCCAGCUUUCGUGCACCAAAGCUAGCUCGACGAUGUUCGAUUUACUGCAGUGCAACAAAAAAGGCCCUCAGUGUCUUAUCAGCGUAAGGAUUUUCGGCGUUAUCGAAACGGUCAGGCGAGCCCAGAACAUAGACAAGGCUAAGACCGUGAUUUUGCCUUUUGCGGCACUUGUUAUCUUAGACCCCCUGCUUUUUCCUGAUACCUGUUCUUUACUGAUUUAA